AUGAUUAGAGCAUCCAAUUCAAUCAAGACUACUUCCAUGAGAACCCUUCGUGCAUUCUCGACCACUUCCACCCAACUCAACAAAAUCAAAGUUGCCAAUCCAAUUGUUGAACUUGAUGGGGAUGAAAUGACUCGUAUCAUCUGGCACCGUAUUCGUGAACAAUUAAUUACUCCAUACUUGGAUGUUGAUUUAAAAUAUUAUGAUUUAGGUAUUCAAGCUCGUGACAAAACCGACGAUCAAAUUACCAUUGAUGCUGCUAAUGCAAUUAAAGAAUAUGGUGUUGGGGUUAAGUGUGCUACCAUCACUCCAGAUGAAGCUCGUGUUAGAGAAUUCAAUUUAAAGAAAAUGUGGCUUUCUCCAAAUGGUACCAUUAGAAAUAUCUUAAAUGGUACUGUUUUCAGAGAAUCUAUUAUCAUUCCAAGAAUUCCAAGAUUGAUUCCAGGUUGGAAGGAACCAAUUGUUAUUGGAAGACAUGCUCAUGGUGAUCAAUAUAAGGCAACUGAUUUAGUCAUUUCAGAACCAGGUAAAUUAGAAAUGACCUUCACUCCAGCCAAUGGUGGUCAACCAGAAACUCGUACUGUUUAUGAUUUCAAAGGAUCUGGUGUUGGUUUAGCUAUGUACAAUACUGAUGAAUCUAUUCGUGGUUUUGCUCAUUCUUCUUUCAAAAUGGCCUUAACUAAGAACUUACCAUUAUAUAUGUCCACCAAGAACACUAUCUUAAAGAAAUAUGAUGGUAGAUUCAAGGAUAUUUUCCAAGAAAUUUACGAAUCCCAUUAUGCUAAAGAAUUCGAUGCAAAGGGAUUAUGGUACGAACAUAGAUUAAUCGACGAUAUGGUUGCUCAAAUGAUUAAAUCCAAGGGUGGAUUCGUUAUGGCAUUAAAGAACUACGAUGGUGAUGUGCAAUCUGAUAUCGUUGCCCAAGGUUUCGGUUCUCUUGGUUUGAUGACUUCUGUCUUGAUGACUCCAGAUGGUAAAGCAUUUGAAUCAGAAGCUGCUCAUGGUACCGUUACCAGACAUUAUAGACAACAUCAAAAGGGACAAGAAACUUCUACUAAUUCUAUUGCAUCUAUUUUCGCUUGGUCUAGAGGUAUUGCUCAAAGAGGUAGACUCGAUGGUACUCAAGAUGUUGUUGAUUUUGCCAAUAUUUUGGAACAAGCUACCAUUGAUGUUGUUCAAGAAGAUGGUGUUAUGACUAAGGAUUUAGCAUUAGCUAUGGGUAAUACUGAAAGAAAUGCUUAUGUCACCACUACUGAAUUCUUGGAUGCUGUUUCUGAUAAGUUAAGACUUGCUGUUAAUGUUUAG